AUGCCUCCAAAAGGCGCGAAACCGACCAGCGACGAGCUCCUCGCCCAGUUUGACAACCUGGGCGUCGAGUCCGGCGAGUCCAAGACGAAACCGGCUGCUAACACCACAAACAACGCCCCUCCGCAGGUUGACGAGGAUGUCCUGACCGAACUGGGGAACCUGGCAUCUCAACGCCCAAGCAGCAACGCUGGAACUCCGCGCACAUCUACCAAUGAGCCUAGACCAUCGAUGUCCAAGCCAGGAACCCCUGCCGGGCGGCUGAGCGAGGACAAGUCCGCACCUCGCAAAUCUGGCGAGAGUGGCCGGAAUGGCAAAGCUCAAAAUGCGCAACCAGCUUCCAGCGAGGAUUCAGCGACUGGGGACGCUUCCUCCAGCGCCGGCGGAGGCUGGUGGGGAGGCAUUUUUGCGACUGCCUCCGCAACUGCCACAGCUGCCAUGAAGCAGGCCGAGGCCGCUGUGAAGGAAAUCCAACAGAAUGAGGAGGCUCAGAAGUGGGCUGAGCAGGUGAAAGGGAAUGUUGGGGCACUAAGAGACUUGGGCGGCGAACUUCGCAGCAUGGCUAUGCCUACAUUUACUUCCCUGAUCCACACGAUUGCGCCUCCGAUCUCAUCCCACGAACGUCUUCAGAUUCAUGUUACACACGAUCUUUCCGGAUAUCCGAGUCUAGACCCCCUCGUCUACGCUGUAUUUUCUCGUGUUAUGUCCCAGGUUGAAGGUGGUGACCUGCUAGUUAUACAGAGGGGCCAGGAGUCCGCACCGAAACGUGGCCAAGACAACAGUGUAUCGACUGCCGGCUGGCGCGAUGGGCCCUGGUGGCGAACCGUUACCCCGGGAAACCCUCGCAGCAUUUCAGCUGUGCCUGGUCUUGUGGAGGCAACCAAGCUUUGCCGAGCAAGUGCGGAGGGUUAUGCGGCCGAAUACUUUGCUUCGAGAGGUGGAGUAGAGGAAGCCGCAAAGCAAGCUACCCAAGACCUCAGCGAAACAAACCCUGUCAGAAGCAGCGAUAUCUUCCUCGCUAUCCAGGCUGUCAGUCAAACAACGUCAACCGCGGAGGUAUUCCAGGCUGGGCCAACCACCGACAAGGCCACGCCCUCUGGUGUCGUGGAUGUCCCUGAUGCACCAGAAGAAGAAAUUACCUUCGCCCUUUAUCUCCACGACCCCAUUCACGGCAUCGCUUUCCAUGCUGUCUCACAGGCAAUCCCACAGAAAUGGAUCCACUGGCUAGAUUCCUCCUCGGCCCCCGCACCUAACUUCGAGUCUGCAGACUCCGACGUGCCCCGUGCAGUCGUUCCGGAAGAAAUUUCCGAAAUUGUCGAGAGUGGCGGUGUUGAUCCCCGCGAAUGGGCCGCUGAAUGGAUCGAGGAAGCCAUUACCCUCUCUGUCGGUAUCGUCGCGCAGCGCUAUGUCGCACGCAGAAUGGGCGUGGGUGAGUCCGCAGCUGCAAAGGGCAAGAUGCGUGCUGAGCAGGCAUCGGCCGCGGAAAGUGGAGCUGGGGAAGUUGCGCGGGCGAUGUAG